AUUUUGUCUUUUUUCUGACAUCGACAGAAUGCGCAUACUGCGAUGGACGUUUCUCUUGUUCGCGUUAUGCGGUUGUUUCCCACCCUCGUCGUGGACAACGCGUCUGAAAAGAUACUUGUACAAGAUUUACGCGGUAUUCUCAUUCGUAGCGUUGAACAGUUUCUUGCUCUCGCAAAUAUUGGAUAUGGUGUACAACGUAAAAGGGACGGACGAUUUCAGUGACAAUUUCUCGGUAACUGUGGUGGUAUUCGUCACGUGUUUCAAACUGAUCACUAUACUCACGCGCCGUGAGAACAUUCUACUUUUGUGCAACAUCCUAAAACAGGAGCCACUUUCGCCUAUAAACACGGAAGAAUUUGAAAUUUUCUUGAAAUUCGAAAAGCUCACCGAUUGGAACACGCUUGGUUACUUCAUCCUACUCAUGUCUUCUUCGUUGUGCAUAUUGAUGGGAUCGCUUCUCGCAAAUUUCAAGAUCAGAAAAUUAGCGUUUCGAACGUGGCUGCCUUACGAUUAUUCCACAGCAUCUGCAUUUCUGCUUGCCUUCGCUUACCAAGUUGUGGUAGCAACCGUGUGCACGUUCGCUUGCGUCGCCAGCGAUACUUUGUACAGCGGCCUGUUGAUACAUAUUAGCUGUCAAUUCGAGAUACUGGAGCAUCGUCUGAAAAACAUUGGAUCGGAUAAAAAUUAUACCAUGAAACAGUGUGUUCGUCAUCACAAUCAUAUAUACAAAUACGGAGAGAUGGUGAACGAUGCAUUUCAAUCGAUCAUGUUCUUUCAAUUCUGCACGAGUCUGUCAAUGAUCUGUUUCAAUUUCUAUCGAAUAAUGCAAAUAGAAAUGGAUUCGAGAUACGUAGGGACUAUUCUCUACAUGGUGUGCUCGUUAAUGCAGAUAUUUUAUUAUUGUUGGUUCAGCAACGAAGUCAAGCUCAAGAGUUUGGAACUUUCCGAUAUGAUAUUCAGAAGCAAUUGGACAUCGUUGAAUAACAACGUUCAGAGGGCCAUUCUAUUGGUAAUGAGGCGUUCAAUGAAACCCAUUGAAUUUACCAGCAUUUACAUUGUAUCCGUGAAUCUCGAUUCCUUCAUGACAUUAUUGAAAAGUUCGUACUCAGCGUUCAGUGUGUUGCAACAGAGCCGAGAAUCGUAAAAAUGAGCAAGAAAAUUUGCUUAACGUAGAGCUUUCUUUCUUCCUUAUGGAGUAGAUCAAGAGAAGAGAAGAAGAUUCCUAGAUGAUCGAAUAAAACACUCUAGUGAAGUAUAUAAAAAUAUCGAGAAGUAAAUUUUAAUAAAUCAUGUGGAAAUAUAGAUAUAUUACGCA